AUGUGUCGCCGCCAGGCUCCAUGUGUCGCCGCCAGGCCCCAUGUGUCGCCGCUAGGCUCCAUGUGUCGCUGCCAGGCCCCAUGUGUCGCCUCCAGGCUCCAUGUGUCGCCGCCAGGCUCCAUGUGUCGCCGCCAGGCCCCAUGUGUCGCCGCCAGGCUCCAUGUGUCGCUGCCAGGCCCCAUGUGUCGCCGCCAGGCUCCAUGUGUCGCUGCCAGGCUCCAUGUGUCGCCUCCAGGCCCCAGGUGUCGCCACCAGGCUCCAUGUGUCGCCGCCAGGCUCCAUGUGUCGCUGCCAGGCCCCAUGUGUCGCCUCCAGGCCCCAUGUGUCGCCGCCAGGCUCCACGUGUCGCCGCCAGGCUCCAUGUGUCGCUGCCAGGCCCCAUGUGUCGCCUCCAGGCCCCAGGUGUCGCCGCCAGGCUCCAUGUGUCGCCGCCAGGCUCCAUGUGUCGCCGCCAGGCCCCAUGUGUCGCCGCCAGGCUCCAUGUGUCGCUGCCAGGCCCCAUGUGUCGCCUCCAGGCCCCAUGUGUCGCCUCCAGGCCCCAGGUGUCGCCGCCAGGCUCCAUGUGUCGCCGCCAGGCCCCAUGUGUCGCCUCCAGGCCCCAUGUGUCGCCGCCAGGCUCCAUGUGUCGCCUCCAGGCCCCAUGUGUCGCUGCCAGGCUCCAUGUGUCGCUGCCAGGCCCCAUGUGUCGCCGCCAGGCCCCAUGUGUCGCUGCCAGGCUCCAUGUGUCGCCUCCAGGCCCCAUGUGUCGCCGCCAGGCUCCAUGUGUCGCUGCCAGGCCCCAUGUGUCGCCGCCAGGCCCCAUGUGUCGCUGCCAGGCUCCAUGUGUCGCCUCCAGGCCCCAUGUGUCGCCGCCAGGGCCCAUGUGUCGCCGCUAGGCCCCAUGUGUCGCCGCCAGGCCCCAUGUGUCGCUGCCAGGCUCCAUGUGUCGCCUCCAGGCCCCAUGUGUCGCCGCCAGGGCCCAUGUGUCGCCUCCAUGCCCCAUGUGUCGCUGCCAGGCUCUAUGUGUCGCCUCCAGGCCCCAUGUGUCGCCGCCAGGCCCCAUGUGUCGCCGCCAGGCCCCAUGUGUCGCUGCCAGGCUCCAUGUGUCGCCUCCAGGCCCCAUGUGUCGCCGCCAGGGCCCAUGUGUCGCCUCCAGGCCCCAUGUGUCGCCGCCAGGCCCCAUGUGUCGCCCCGGCCGCCUUUCUCACCUCUCAUGUCAAGUGGAUGACGAGUACACUCAACUGCCGCUGUCAUUGUCCUCGCGCCCCCGAGCCACAGAUUGGAUUCUUCUCAUCCCAUUGUUUUGUUCUCUUGCAGUUCCUCACUCACACCUUCCAGGAUCCUGCUUACGUCUUCCAGUUCCUUAAGUGUACCGUUUGUCAUUCGGUAUCGUGGAAAGGUGUGACCUGCUGCAUGGGUGUUACGGUAUCGACACCGUCGCUGGAGUAUGGAGUGGCGAUUUCAGCAUCAUCUACGAGUCUGCACUCAAAUUCCCCAGUAUUGGGUGCUAUGCAGACAACGCCAUCUGUUGGUGCUGGCGUGGUAUCGGUGAAAGGCUCCGGUUUCCACCGGUUUCCUCUUGGACCACCCAUCACCUUCAAGACCACCCAUCACCUUCAAGACCACCCAUCACCUUCAAGACCACCCACCACCUUCAAGACCACCCAUCACCUUCAAGACCACCCAUCACCUUCAAGACCACCCAUCACCUUCAAGACCACCCAUCACCCCCAAGACCACCCAUCACCUUCAAGACCACCCAUCACCUUCAAGACCACCCAUCACCUUCAAGACCACCCAUCACCCCCAAGACCACCCAUCACCUUCAAGACCACCCAUCACCUUCAAGACCACCCAUAUCCUUCAAGACCACCCAUCACCUUCAAGACCACCCAUCACCUUCAAGACCACAUAUCACCUUCAAGACCACCCAUCACCUUCAAGACCACAUAUCACCUUCAAGAUCACCCAUCACCUUCAAGACCACCCAUCACCUUCAAGACCACCCAUCACCUUCAGGACCACAUAUCACCUUCAAGAUCACCCAUCACCUUCAAGACCACCCAUCACCCCCAAGACCACCCAUCACCUUCAAGACCACCCAUCACCUUCAAGACCACCCAUCACCUUCAAGACCACCCAUCACCUUCAGGACCACAUAUCACCUUCAAGAUCACCCAUCACCUUCAAGAUCACCCAUCACCUUCAAGACCACCCAUCACCUUCAAGACCACAUAUCACCUUCAAGACCACCCAUCACCUUCAAGACCACCCAUCACCUUCAAGACCACCCAUCACCUUCAAGACCACCCAUCACCUUCAAGACCACCCAUCACCUUCAAGACCACCCAUCACCUUCAAGAUCACCCAUCACCUUCAAGACCACCCAUCACCUUCAAGACCACAUAUCACCUUCAAGACCACCCAUCACCUUCAAGACCACCCAUCACCUUCAAGACCACAUAUCACCUUCAAGACCACCCUACUGGCUCUGUUUGUAUAUGCCAACCAACAGGAACAUGA